GCUGUUCAGGUGGAACUUUCUCUUUUUCCCACCCAGAGUGGAAGAUGCAGGGGAGGGGUUUGGAGAAGCUCCCCUGAGUGGUUGCUGUUCUCCCAGUGGAUACAAGUUUGUUCACUUUUCUAAAAGACCUGGCAGUUCCAGUAAUAACACUCACUCCACACCCACUCCAGGGUGUUUUGCAUCUCUCUGUCUUCUCAGCAUUGUUGUAAGGAAGAAGCCAUGCCAAGAGGACCGUCAUAUCUCUGCCGUGAUGUUUUCCUAGGCAUUGCAUCAUCACUCAUCUGCCUUGAUGCCUAUAGUGAUAGUAAUGAAGAAGAUAUUGGAGCCAAAUGAAGGGAAAUGGAUACUAUCUGAAGCUCCUCAGUACUGAUGAGGGAAGUGGGAUGUACUACAGACAGAGAUACAGAGGGUGAGGAGGAAUCUUGUGGUGUAGAUUAAUUUAUAUAACCUCAUUGUCUGUUCUGUAGCACAAUAGGAAUAUUUCUAAUGAUUUUUUUGUACAUGGAUAAAAUAGACACAUGUUUGCAGAAUGUUUACUGCACCUAUUACACCUGAAAGCAAUCUAUACAAUAUCUAAACUGCUACCACAGUACUUAGAAUGAGUUCAAUGCAUAGAAAAUAUUCAUUAAUGGUAAAUAGGAAUUAUUGAAAUGAGAAAUGAAGGGAUGUGUGUCUAAUUUUACAUUUAUGCAUUAGUGUUCAUUUGUGUUUUCAUGUAAAAGAGAGCAUUUAUGACCAUGUUGAAGAAAAAUGAUCACUGUUCUUAGUACAAGGUAUUUAGGGGGGGUAAUUCAUUCUAUUACAUAAGUAGGUGACUCAUAACUUAAGGGAAGAAUCUUGAAAAUAAGAAUAUAUCCCCAUACAGAAUUUUUAUUUCAACGUAUUUAGUAUCAUUCUUAUUUUUUACCAGCUUGAAUUUUAGCUUGCAAAGAAAUUCAGUAGCUAAAUUUUAAUAAGUAGACAUGUAAAACAAUGCAAAUAAAAGUAUCUUUGUUUUGAUGACACACUUGAAAAUGCAAUGUUUCUUUUAGCAUCAACUACAGAGAACUUCCAGCUGCCAUGUGUAAGGUUCUUAGGUCCUAGAUGAAGUUCAUCUGAGAUGUCUUGGACAAUGUAUUAUUUCUUGUGAAGAAAAUGAUAAACAAAGUCAUCAGUGAUUGUUGAUGUUUGAUUGACAUUGUGUGUGGAAGUUCAUAAUAAUUAUAUUUUUAAUUUUCAAGAAUUACAUAGACAUGGUCUUUUAGAAGAUCACAUUACUAAACCUUCAGUAGUACAGUAGAACUUGGAGCGUCUCCUGGUGACAAUGAAGGCUAUUAUACAGGACACAUUAUUAAUCAUUUUAGGUAUGGAAAUCAUUAUAGGAAGUUUAGGAAAUGGAUUCAUAAUACUGGUGAACAUCUUAGACUGGGACAAGAGAAAAAAGAUCUCUUCAUUGGAUAAGAUCUUCACUGCUCUGGCCAUCUCUAGACUUGCAUUUUUAUGGUCACUAUUCUUAUUUUUAUUGGUAUCUGAGCUGUACCCAUCCUUAAUGAUAACUGAAAAAGUAUUGAAAAUAACUAGUAUUUUUUGGACACUGACCAAUCAUUUCAACAUCUGGCUUUCUACAUGUCUCAGCAUAUUUUAUUUCCUCAAGAUAGCCAACUUUUCAAAUUCUAUUUUUCUUUAUUUAAAAUGGAGAGUAAGAAAGGUUGUUUCAGUGACACUGCUGGUGUCUCUUCUCUUCUUGUUUAUAAAUAUUAUAUUCAUAAACUCAUAUGUUAUCAGGAUUGAUGGAUAUAAGACAAAUUUGUCCUACAGUUCUAAUUCAAAUGACUACGUACAGUUUUCUAGGUUUCCUUUACUCACUAACACUAUGUUCACAUUAAUACCCUUCACUGUGUCCCUGACAACUUUUCUCUUGCUCAUCUUCUCCCUGUGGAGACAUGUAAAGAACAUGCAGCUCAAUGUCAAAGACUCCAGAGACCCCAGUACUACAGCCCACAAAAAGGCCCUGAAAAUGGUAAUCACCUUCCUGUUUCUAUAUACUAUUUUCUUUCUGGUACUUGUUAUACAGUCUUGGAAAAAUGAGAUUCAGCAUAAAAAUUUGUUCAACUUACUUUUGGAUGAUAUAGCAAUUGCUUUUCCCUCAGGCCACUCCUGUGUCCUAAUUCUGGGAAACACUAAGCUCAGACAGGCUUUUCUGUCCAUGAUGUGGUGGUUGAGGUGCAGGCUCAGUGAUGCAGAGCCUCCAAUCUUUAGACUAUGUAGGGAGUUAUCUCCAAUUUUCUAGAGAAGGACCUGUUCUUAAGAGAUUCUGUAUGCUUACAUUUGUACCUAUGAUUUAUUCUUCAGUUGUAGCUUUGUGAAUUUUACAAAAUUCUGUUUUUCUAUUUUUUAUUUUUUUAUUAUUAUUAAGAAAUUUUCUGUUCA